CACCUCCCCAAGCAAGGAGCCAUCGGGCGCCUACGGCCGCGCCGGCUUCCACGCCCCGGGCCAGCGCGGGCGCUCGGGCCUCGGUGGCGUGGUGAUGGCCGCCUCACACCGAGCAGCGAAGGUGGUGGCCAGCAGUCUCCAAACCCCGGUCAAUCCCAGCACCGGAGCGCGGGUCACCCAUUACGAACGCAAAGACCCCGUAGAGUCCCUGUCGGCGGCGGCGGCGGCCUUGGAGGAGGAGGAAGAGGAGAAGAAGGAGAAGGAGGAAGAGGAAGAGGCAGCGGGGCCGGCGCGGGCGCCGGCUGAUUUUAACACCAACAUUUCUGGGGUAAAUGAACAAAAACGUAUAAGCUGUGAGGAUUUUGUGGACUUUUCUGAUAUUUACCACUCUAAUGAAGAGUACUUCAGGAAACUAGAAGAGCUGAAGGCAGCCCACAUGGAAACUAUGGCAAAGUUAGAGAAAAUGUACCAGAAUAAAUUAAAUUUAAAGGAAGUUCAGCCAGCGAUCACCAUGGAAGAAGCUGCUAGUGUCUCUUCCAGGUCUGUAUCAGAAAAGAGCUCCCAUCAUCCUGUUUCAUUAAUGACAUCAAUUUCAGAGCCUGAUUUAGGUCAGUCUUCCUCCUUGAUUGUGUCUUCCUCUGAAGAUGAGUUGCCCAACGUAGAAAAAGAGUAUUCUGAGAGAAGCAGAAUGAUGACCUUUGCUAAGGAGCUCAUCAACAACAUGUGGACAAACUUCUCUGUUGAAGAUUAUAUUCAGUUUGAAGAUGCUGACUUGCCAGCACUUGAAAAAAAAAAAAAGAAGCCAAAAGAAUGGGUGCCAAAGAUUACAGUACCUGAGCCUUUUCAAAUGAUGAUUAGAGAGCAGAAGAAAAAAGAAGAGAACAUGAAAUCUAAAUCAGAUAUUGAAAUGGCACGUAAACUGCUCAAGAAACAAGAAGAAGAAUCAGAGUGUAAGAAAAAAUUCCGAGCCAACCCAGUUCCUGCGUUCGUCUUUCUCCCCCUUUAUCAUGAUAUAGUCAAGCAAAAUGAAGAACGGAGGAGGUCUAUGAAGGAGAAAAACAAAGAAGCUCUUUUGGCCUCGCAAAAGCCGUUUAAGUUUAUUGCAAGGGAGGAACAGAAGCAAAUUCGGGAAAAGCAGCUGAAAGACUUUUUUAAGUCUAAAAAGAAAACAAACCAAUUUAAAGCCAGACCGAUACCUCGAUCUACUUAUGGUUCAACUAUCAAUGACAAGUUAACAGAAGAAGAACUCUAUAGAAACAUUAGGACGCGGCAGAGAACCCAAGACUUUUUACAGAAUUCAUUCCCUCUGCCUUGUAGUCCAGCUCGCAGAAGUUAUGCUACAAGGAAGCCCAAGUGUCCUGAACAGGCUGAAAAGUCCAAGUGUAAACACAAGGUUAGGUGCCAGACUGCUGAUUCUGAAGACCUUCCUGAGAGAUAUCAGAAACAUCACUCAGAACAGAAGUGUCCAAAACCCCUGACAGUCUGUGAACCAUCUGACCUUCAUGCAGCCUCACAUGCAUCCACUAAAAGAGAGAAAAUCUUGGCAGAUAUUGAAGCAGAUGAAGAAAAUUUAAAAGAAACACGUUGGCCUUAUCUGUCUCCAAGGCGCAGGUCACCAGUGAGAAGUAUAAAUGCAAAACCUGUGCCUUGUAGCUGCAACCCUCCCAUGCCCACGGUGUCCUCCAGGGGAAGAGAACAAGCCACAAGGAGAUCACUUGAGGAAAAGAAAAUGUUGGAAGAAGAGAGAAAUCGGAUCCUAACUAAGCAGAAGCAAAGAAUGAAAGAAUUGCAGAAACUCUUGACAACCCGGGCUAAGGCUUAUGACUCACAUCAGAGUUUAGCUCAAAUGUCUAAAUCCAGAGUAAAAUCUCUCAGAAAGAGUGAAAAAGAAAGGAUGAGAGAAUACCGACGAGAACUAGAAGAAAGAGAAGAAAAAUUAAAAAACAGGCCGCUGCUAUUUGAAAGAGUUGCUCAGGUAUGUAGGAGUUUCUCUGGGCAUAUACCUAGGAGUGGAAUUGCUGGUCAGAGGAAAAAUGCAAGAAUGGCAGCAGAAAAGCAUUAUUCUAACACCUUAAAAGCACUAGGAAUAUCUGAUGAGUUUGUUUCAAAGAAAGGCCAAAGUGGAAAAAUAUUUGAGUACUUCAGCAAUCAAGAGAUGAAAAGUUUCACUGAAGAUAAAGAAAGCUUUAAUGAAGAAGAAAAAAGAGAAGAAAGAGAGAAUGGGGAAGAAAAUUAUCUUACUGAUACCAACAGCCAAGAUUCUUGCAAGGAAACAGGUAAAGCUGAUGAAGAGAGUGGAGAAGAGAAUUGUGUUGAAGAAUAAGACUGAAUCAGUCGGCAGGGUCUCCUCUCUGUUCCCCUGCUGUUGUUGGCAGCAUUGCGUGUCAGAAGCCGCGCUUGUGGUGUUAAGGACAUCCAUGGGAACCCGUCUGAUACGUGCAGGUCUCUUGAGCAAAGUCCUCGUGUAGCCUGAAAAGGCCGAAUCCAGCUGAUGGGUCAUUUGGUCAGUUAGAGUCAGGCUUUGCCUAUUCAGUUUUUAAAAUUACUACAUACGGUCUGUUUGCAACUUUGAUCUUACUUCUAUUUUUAAAAAGUGUUUGAGAAUCACAGCUGUCACAAACUGAUUAGGUAUAAAAAUAUACAUAACUUUAUCAUUUUGGGUGGAAAAAAUUGCUUAGCAUUGAGAGCAGAGGGGAGUAUUGGCCUUUGGUUUGAAAAAAAAGUUCUGGAAAGCAUGAAUCAAUAAAUAUUUUUAAAUUAUA